AUGACCAAACAAUCUGAAAAAGAUAAUGGGGAUAUUGUUUCUGAAGAAGAAAAUGAUAAAGAGUCUAUGCCACAACUUGAAGAUGCUAGUGAUAUAGAACAUGCUGUUGUUGGUCAAGCCUUAGUUGUUCUUAGAGCCCUCCAUGUUCAAGCUCAAACAAACAAUGAUGAACAACAACGUGAGAAUAUCUUUUACACUCGCUGCCAUGUCAAAGAAAGAGUUUGUGGUUUGAUAAUUGAUGGUGGAAGUUGUGUGAAUGUGGCAAGCAAGCUGAUGGUGGACAAGCUAGGGUUGAAGACUCAAAAGCACCCUCAUCCAUAUCGACUUCAAUGGCUUAAUGAUACUGGAGAAUUAAAAGUCACAAAACAGGUACUUCUAUCUUUUUCCAUUGGAAGAUAUUCUGAUGAAGUCCUUUGUGAUGUGGUUCCAAUGCAAGCAAAUCACAUAUUGCUUGGAAGACCUUGGCAAUUUGAUAGGCGUACCCUCCAUGAUGGUUACAAAAAUAAGUACAGCUUUAUCAAGAAUGGCAGAAACAUCACUUUGGCUCCUUUACCCCCUCAUCAAGUUCUUGCAGAGCAAAAUCAAAUCAAGAAAUCUGUAGCAACCAGUGCUAAACAAAGUAAGGAUGAAAAUGAGAGUUCAAAAGAAAUUGUGAGUAAAGAAUCUGAUAAGAAAAGUGAGAAACAGAAAGAGGAAAAAAAAGAAUUUCAAGAUGUUUUUCCAGAAGAGAUGCCACCAGAAUUGUCACCAAUUAGAGGCAUUGAACAUCAAAUUGACCUAGUUCCGGAUGCCCAAAUUCCAAAUAGACCAACUUAUAGAUGCAGCCCCGAAGAAGCAAAAGAAUUGCAAAGACAAGUUGAAGAGUUGAUGAACAAAGAAAUCAUCAAGAAAAGUGUUGAAUUCAAAUGGGAUGAAGCACAAGAGAAAGCAUUCAACACCUUGAAAGAAAAGCUAAGUUCCGCCCCUUUAUUACUUUUACCAGAUUUCUCUAAAACUUUUGAAAUCGAAUGUGAUGCUUCUGGUAUUGGUAUAGGUGCUGUCGUAAUACAAGACAAGAGACCCUUGGCUUACUUUAGUGAGAAGUUGAGCGGAGCUGCCCUGAACUACUCCACCUAUGACCAAGAACUCUAUGCAUUGGUGAGAGCAUUAGAGACGUGGCAACACUACCUAUGGUCAAAGGAGUUUGUUAUUCACACCGAUCAUGAAUCUUUGAAGCAUUUGAAGAGCCAAGGUAAGCUUAAUCGAAGGCAUGCUCGUUGGGUUGAGUUUAUUGAGAUGUUCCCAUAUGUUGUCCAAUACAAGCAAGGUAAAAAUAAUAUUGUUGCUGAUGCUUUAUCAAGAAGGUAUAUUCUUCUAUCUACUCUUUCAGCGAAGUUUUUGGGGUUUGAACAUAUCAAGGAGUUGUACCCACAAGAUUCUGAGUUUUCAACAGUUUUUGAAGCUUGUGAAACAAAACCUUUUGAAAAAUUUUACAAGUAA